AUGCCCAAAGCAUACGUCCCCGUCCAAGUUGGUGCCAUGAACCUGGCCCAGCGUAUUGUCAUGGCUCCAAUGACGCGAUUUCGGGCCGACGAUGCUCAUGUCCCUCUCCCGAUCGUGACAAAGUAUUACGCGCAGCGUGCCUCAGUCCCAGGAAGUCUCAUUGUCACGGAGGCCACCUUCAUCUCAGCUGCUGCUGGCGGGUACGACAACGUGCCCGGAAUUUUCAAUGAUGAACAAAUCAAGAUGUGGCGUCAUAUGACCGAUGCCGUUCACGCAAAGAGAUCCUUCAUCGUCCUGCAACUCUGGGCCUUGGGCCGAGCCGCCGAUCGCGACGUGUUAGCGCGAGAUGGGCACCAAGUGGUGUCCUCUAGCGCAGUCCCAAUCUCGGAGGAAAGCCCUACUCCAAAGCCUCUCAGCGAAGUUGAAAUCCAGCAAUACAUUCAAACCUAUGCACAGGCCGCCAAGAAUGCGAUUGAGGCUGGGUUUGACGCGGUCGAAAUCCACGGCGCCAACGGAUAUCUGGUUGAUCAAUUCCUCCAGGAUACCUGCAACAAGCGCACCGAUUAA